GUUAGAGAUUAUGGAAAAAAUGAAAAUAAGACAGAAGAGAAUGAAUGAGAAAGCCAUAUAUAUUUCAUUCUUGAUUAAAUGUUGUAGAGUAGGGGUGACAAAUGUGGAGGGCCUAGUGUCUGCAGGUUUUUGUUUUUUCCUUUCAGUUAAGCCCUAGACAACCAGGUGUGGGGAGUUCCUUACUAAUUAGUGACCUUUAUUCAUCAAUCAAGUACAAGGGAGGAGAAAUAUCCCGCAGACACUCGGCCCUUCGUGGAAUGAGUUUGACAGCUGUGCUGUAGAGAUUGCGAUAAGAUAACUUAUCUUACCAAUGAGGUUGUACAGCAUCGGUCCACUCAUUAGGACUAGCCCACCCUAGCCUAGUGCUCCUAUUCCCUGAAAUGCCAAGCCCUGCUCUUGGGGCCUUGCCAGAGAGACAUGCCCUGCCGUGCCGUGCCCUGUCCUGCCUAGCCUAGCCGGUCUGCUUGCUUGCUCAGGCUUACAUAAAGCAUUUCUACUAAAUGCUGUGCUUAUUACACAACCAGGGAAUAGGCAGGGAAAUAUCGUGCACUCAACCGCCUGGACCACGGUGGCCGGACAGGGGAACUCUGUUUCCUCUACAUCGGGGGUGUCAAACUCAUUCCACGGAGGGCUGAGUAUCUGCGGGUUUUCAUUUUUUCCAUUCAAUUAACACCUAGAUAACCAGGUGAGGGGAGUUCCUUACUAAUUAGUGACUUUAAUUAAUCAAUCAAUUACAGGGGUGGAGCGAAAACCCGUAGACACUCGGCCCUCCGUGGAAUGAGUUUGACACGUGCUCUACAUUAACCAGUCUUAUCAGCUGGCGCUGGGCCAAGAAGAGGUUAAGCACAGAUCAUGCUGAUGCAACACUCACUGACGUGAGCAUUUUGCUUUUCAUUUUGGAGAUGGAUGCAAGACCUUUUGUGACCCAACGUCACCCAAUCAGCGGAGGACAUCUUUAUUAUUAUGAUUCAUUUAAUUGAAUCAUGCAAUAGACUAUAUUACCCACUUUCAUAUAAACACUGGCCCUGUCCGAAUACCUAUAUUUGCAUCCUAAAUAUUAGGUUGUUUGAGUAUGCUGAAAAAAAUAAUGUUUAAUAGUAUGCGACAUUUCGAAAAUCAAGUAUACUUUAAAUGUCCGGUGGUAAUACUAAUUUCUGCUUUGACAACAGCUAAUCAGUUCGAUCAACAAAUAGCGGGAAGCAACGGAAUCACCCGUGACCCGUUCUCAGCAUGCGAAAAUAUAAUUUUUAAUAGUAUGCAACAUUUCGAAAAUCAUUUCUGAAAACAGUCUUUAAAAAAAAAAUGUUUUACCCAAAGUGGAUUUCUGUUAUCUCAUUGAAAAGUGUUUCUUGUUCUCAUGGGCUUCGUCAUAGCCUUUUAACUAAAUACUAAACCACGUUCAGAUUUGGAAAUGAAAAUGAGCUAUUAUCAGGUUGGUUAAUGAUUUGCCAGUCUGUUGAAUUUGGAAGAAUCCACGCCCAACCUACUCAGCCAAUCAGAAGCUUCUACUGCGUUACGACGGUGGCAUACUGCAUACUUUUUACUAAACAGUAUGUGCUAAAUAGUAUUCGACGAUGGGUAAAUAGUAUGCGGUUUAAGUAUGUAGUACGCUAGUAUGGGUAUUCGGAAACGGGUAGUAUGUUCCCCUUCUCAUUAAAAUGUUUUCUUCCGUUCUCAUUUUCUGCUCUUUCCUCACAGUUCCCGACCUCUUCAAGAGGAAUUGACUAGAAAUGCUGAUCUAAUUCUCUCUAAAGUGUGCUCAUCUGCUGCUGGCCCACAAUGCACCAGUGAAGGUGAAGAACGCUCAGGGAUGGAGUCCCCUCGCCGAAGCCAUCAGCUACGGAGAGCGACAAAUGAUCACAGCGCUGCUAAGGAAGCUCAAACAGCAGUCCAGAGAGAGUGUGGAGGACAAGAGGCCAAAGCUACUGAAUGCCCUCAAAGAGCUGGGAGACUUUUAUCUUGAGCUUCACUGGGACUUUCAAAGUUGGGUGCCUUUGCUCUCCCGAAUCCUGCCCUCUGACGUGUGUAAGAUCUACAAACAGGGCAUCAACAUCAGACUGGACACCACCCUAAUAGACUUCACAGAUAUGAAGUGCCAGCGUGGUGACCUUAGUUUCAUCUUUAAUGGCGACGCCAUCCCCUCUGAGUCCUUUGCGGUGCUGGACAAUGAACAGAAGGUGUACCAGCGGAUACACCACGAGGAGUCAGAGAUGGAGACCGAGGAAGAGGUGGACAUCCUAAUGAGCAGCGAUGUUUACUCUGCCACUCUCUCCACCAAGUCCAUCACCUUCUCCAGAGCCCAGACCGGCUGGCUGUUCCGAGAGGACAAAACGGAGCGCGUGGGAAAUUUCCUGGCGGAUUUCUACUCGGUGAACGGGCUGGUGCUGGAGUCACGGAAGCGUCGGGAGCACCUGAGCGAGGAGGACAUCCUAAGAAACAAGGCCAUCAUGGAGAGCCUGAGCAAAGGAGGAAACCUCAUUGAGCAGAACUACGAGCCUGUGAGGCGACAGUCAUUAACUGCCCCUUCACCCAACAAUAUCUCCUGGGAGGAAUACAUCAACGCAGAAAACGGAAAAGCGCCUCAUCUAGGAAGAGACCUGGUAUGCAAAGAGAGCAAGAAGAACUUCAAAGCUACCGUAGCCAUGAGUCAAGACUUCCCUCUGAGCAUUGAAUCGUUAUUAAACGUCCUGGAGGUGAUAGCACCCUUCAAGCACUUUAAUAAACUCAGAGAGUUUGUUCAAAUGAAACUCCCUCCUGGUUUCCCUGUCAAACUGGAUAUCCCCGUCUUUCCAACCAUUACGGCCACGGUGACAUUUCAAGAGUUGCGCUACGACGAGUUUGAGGAGUCCAUCUUCACCAUCCCCAAUGAGUACAACGAGGACCCCAGCCGCUUCCCUGACCUUUAACCCCGUUGGGUGGACACCAGAAAGGGGUCACCUAUGAAAGGGCAUUGAUGUUUCAUCAAGUUGUCAUAGGAGAAGAAGACAAGAAAAGGAAAUUGUAUGUGUAAUGUUUUAAAUGGACGUGAAAAGAUGUAGCUACUAUCCAGCGUUUUGUUUGGAGUAGCUGCACUCAACGUUGGGCACUGGUUAGAUGCACUACAGCCAGUCAGUACUGGGCUGACUUGGCCUUGGCAGCAGAGGGGAGGACCUACUGCGCCAGUCGAUUACUCAACUCUGUGGUACUCUACCUGAAAGCAAUGAUAGACAUGCUAAGAAAUGUAAUUGUACCCGAGCCAAGUUGUCUUACCCUAUUUGACUGGCAGCAAAGUGUGGCAUUAUAAGUAUUACAUAUAAGAAUUGUUUUCAUAUUCUACCUUUUUUUUUUUUUUACUUAUGUAACAAACUGUACAAUUCAGUUAAUGGAAAUGAACCAGGAGUGAAAGUUGUCUGUAGAUGAUUAGGUACGAUUUAAGUACAACGUAAAGGGCUCGAUUACGUUCCAAGUCACCUCGCGAUAUAAGUGUAAAGUUAACGUGCCCGCGUUAGCAGAGACUGUGUUCACGGUAAACACUGCAUAUGUCGGCUCAAUCGCAAAAUGACCUUUACAUUUCAAUCACGCUAUAGAGUUCAACUUCAGCGGUGUGGAUUGAAUCGAGCCCUAAAUGCUAUUUUUAAAGCUAGCAAAAACCAGGCCUUUUCCUUUGCGCAAGGUGCUUUUAUGUUUGUUUUAUUUUGUGUGUUUUUUUUUCACUUUCUUUGUGUUAAUAUGGGUGUAGAUGUCUUCUAUGUCAAGAAGGGUUUCUGAAGUUUGAUGCCAAGCCUAGUUGAUGUGAGUUCACCCAAAGAGGUAAUUGGUUUGUAUCAUGGUGGCAAUGGAUAUUUUUGUACAUAUAAUAUUGUGCCGGUAAAAGUCUCCAAUUCUC